AUGUCAUCUACACCUCAAUCUCCUUCAAGUUUAACCACCAACGAAGACGGCGUGUACACCACUGACAGUAGUGAGCCUGAUACAUACGAUGGAGUAGCAGUGGUGGGAAUGGGUUGCCGUGUUGCCGGAGGGGUUGAGAGCCCUGAACAGCUCUGGGAGUUCUUGCUGGCCCAAAAAGAUGGCUCCAGUGAAGUCCCCCCAGCUAGAUGGGAGCCAUAUUACAACCGAGAUCCUCGAAACAAACAGAUAUUGAAAAAAGCCAUCACUGGUGGAUAUUUUGUCAAGAACCUGGACGAUUUUGAUCCUCAGUUCUUUGGGAUCUCGCCCAAAGAGGCCGAGCAAAUGGAUCCACAGCAGCGUGUCUCGCUUGAGGUUGCUUGGGAGGCAUUGCAAGACGCUGGAAUUCCAGCAAAAUCUCUCAAAGGAACCAAUACCUCCGUCUUUUGGGGAGUCAAUUCCGACGAUUUUUCCAAAUUGCUUCUUGAAGACCUUCCGAAUGUUGAUGCUUGGAUGGGAAUUGGAACAGCCUACUGCGGAGUACCAAAUCGUAUCUCUUAUCAUCUCGAUUUGAUGGGGCCAAGCGUUGCUGUUGAUGCUGCCUGUGCCUCUUCUCUUGUUGCCGUUCAUAACGGUGUCUCCGCCAUCUUGAAUGGAGAAUCCAACAUUUCCAUUGUUGGCGGCGUGAAUGCACUUUAUGGCCCUGGCCUGACUACUGUUCUGCAAAGAGCUGGUGCUCUAGCACUGGACGGCCGUUGCCGCUCAUUCGAUGAUGGUGCAGUGGGAUACGGUCGUGGAGAGGGAGCAGGGGCUGUCGUUUUGAAGCACCAUGGCCAGGCCAUCAGAGAAGGUGACCACAUUCUUGGAAUUGUCAGGGGCUCGGCUAUAGCCCAUGAUGGCAAGACACAUGGAAUCAUGGCCCCAAAUGCUGUUUCACAAACACUGGUUGCAAAGAAUGCAUUGCAGGUCGCCAACCUCGAAGCCAGCAGUAUUCAAUAUGUUGAAGCUCAUGCAACAUCGACUCCAUUAGGUGACCCAACAGAGGUGUCAGCUAUCAGUGCUGUGUAUGGACUAAACAUUGAUCGUCCAUGCUACAUAGGCUCCAUUAAACCAAAUAUUGGACAUCUGGAGGCAGGUGCUGGUGUCAUGGGCCUGAUAAAAGCGGUUCUUACGGUUGAAAAAGGAAUAUUACUCCCUCAGACAAAUCUCAAAACUCUGAACAGCCGUGUCAACUGGAAAACAUCUGGCUUGGAAGUCGUUCAAACACCAAAGGCCUGGCCAGAAACUGAUGCACCACGCCGAGCAGCUGUGUGCUCUUACGGAUACGGCGGAACAGUCUCCCAUGCUAUACUGGAACAAUACCAGGGAACACCCAUCCAGGGUAUUCCCAUGACAUAUGAACGCAAAGACCUAAUACUGCUUGUGUCGGCGCCCCAGAAGAAACGGCUACCCCUUGUUGCUGAGUCUCUCUGGUCUUGGUUCAAGUCAAAUGCAACCAAAGAGAACUUGGCGAGCAUCUGCACCACCCUGGCAACACGUCGUGAUCACUACGAGUUUCGUGUGUCAGCCGUUAUCAAUGAUGUUGAUGAAGCCAUAGAAGCUCUUGACAGACUUCGCCAAGCAUCCAUGAACAAGUGGAUGACUGAAAGCCGUUGUCUACCUCAAGAUCUGAGCAAAGAAACCGUAUGGAUAUUCUCAGGUCAUGGUGCCCAGUGGAACGAGAUGGGCCAAGAGUUGCUUGCCAGCAACGAGGCAUUCUGCAAGGCAAUUGAACCCCUAGAUGAGGUGGUGCAGAAAGAGAUCGACUCGUCCCCUAUUGAGUGGCUGCGCAAUGGCGACUUCCAGUCUACCGACCGCAUCCAAAUAUUGACAUAUGUCAUGCAAGUUGGAAUAGCUGCGGUCCUUCAAAGCCAAGGUGUAUUCCCCGAUGCAAUUAUUGGCCACUCGGUUGGCGAGAUUGCGGCUAGUGUUGUCGCUGGUGCAAUCUCACCAGUGGAGGGUGCCUUGGUUGUCACUCGGCGAGCGGUUCUGUACCGCCAGCUCAUGGGCCAAGGAGCUAUGCUUUUGGUCAAUAAGUCCCCGGGUGAUGUCAGUCAGGAUAUUCAAGGCCACGAGGACGUGGUUGUAGCAAUCAAUUCCUCGCCGUCAUCUUGUGUUAUUGCGGGCGCUAAAGACGAGAUCGCGACGAUCGCCGAUGUAUACAAGCAACAGGAUGUUAAGGUAUUCCCUGUACGAACAGACGUCGGAUUUCACAGUCCCAUGAUGAAAUCUCUCGGGGAGCCUUUGAUUGGUGCCCUUCAACAUGUUAUUCACCCAGCCAAGCCUUCGGUGAAGCUAUACUCGACGGCUCUUGCGGAUCCCCGGGGCCAGAAUCUGCGAGAUGCAGAAUAUUGGGUGACAAACAUGAUCAAUCCGGUCAGAUUGACAGAUGCAGUGAAUGGCGCCGUAGAAGAUGGAUAUAGAGUGUUCUUGGAGGUGGCAAGUCAUCCCAUCAUAUCACACUCGGUAACCGAGACCUUGUUAGACAGCGGGAUAGACGACUUUUUGGUUGCAUCCACUCUGCGAAGAGAUCAACCGGCCGAAAAAAACAUUCUCAAUUGUCUCGGUCAGCUCCAUUGCAGUGGUGCGGAUGUUGAUUGGAAGGCGCAAAUGCCAGGUCCUUGGGCUGGAGGACUGCCAACAGGACCGUGGCUUCAUCAGCCAAUAUUGCCCAAGAUCUCAUCAAUUGCCACCAAUAUGGGCAUACAUGAUGUCAACCAGCAUAGCCUCGCUGGACACCGCAUUGCCAUUGCCGGAACUGAUACCGUGGCCUACACCAGUUUACUGGACAAGGAUUGCAAACCUUUCCCUGGAGACCACCCUGUCUCUGGCACUGAAAUUGUUCCUGCGGCUUGUCUUUUGAACACUUUCUUCAAAAGCACAAAUGGAAGACACCUAAAGGAUGUCCAGUUGAAAGUUCCUGUGGUCAUUGAUGUUCCAAGAACAGUCCAAGUUGUCAUCCAAGAACAUCAAGCAAAGAUCAUGUCUCAACUUAGUUGCACCGAGAAUGCCGAUGACCAUUCAUGGCUUACUCACACCACCUCGUCGUGGAGUACCACUUGUGACUUGAAUGAGGAGAAGAUUGAUCUAGGUAAAUCCGGAUGUCGAUCUGGCAAACGGAAUCCAGACGGCUUCACCAUCGACUAUUUAGCCAGUGUGGGAGUAUCUGCCAUGGGCUUCCCCUGGAAGGUGCUUGAGCACUAUGGGGAUUCAACAGAGAUGCUCGCAAGAGUUGAUAUGGCACCAGGUCUAGAUGUACCUGAUUGGGAUCAAUCAUCAUGGGCACCACUCAUGGAUGCCGCGACUUCUAUUGGAUCUUGUAUCUUCUUUCAAGAACCUCGUUUGCGAAUGCCGUCGCAGGUUAAGCAGGUCGACAUUUUCACGGAAAAGAACCCACCAAAGCUCGGUUGGGUCUAUGUUCAGAGAGAUUGCAGCAAUGAGUCUUGCUCACAUGUUCGUAUUCUUGAUGACCAGGGCGAAGUUCUUGUAAAAUUUACCUCGAUGCAAUUCUCCGAGAUUGAAGGUAGCCCAGACUCUAAAAAGCCAGUGUGUAACUUGGUUCAUCGAGUUUCCUGGCCUCCAGUUCAGCCAGCCGAAGAGCCUCUCCGAGUUGAACAAGUGAUUUUGGUGUCAAGUGAUGCUUCCUUAAUGCAAAAGUAUGCAGACUCUCUUCCUGAUCAUGUCAAAUCGCUUCAAGUCUCAGGGCCAGAGGAACUCCAGUCCAUAUCAGGCGAAUCUUUUGCAGAGGGGACAGUGAUUGCAUACAUCCCAGUCGAGGUUUCGUCCACUGCAGAGGUUUUUGAAGCUACUGAGAACCACACUUGGCAACUCCUUCAAAUCAUGAAGUGCACUAUUCAGUCUUGUGCUCCAAUUAGGGUGUUUGUUUUAACAACGAACGUCAUGCAAGGUCAGUCACCGGCGGCACUUGCAAAUGCUCCAUUAGUGGGCCUUAGCAGAGUGAUUGCAAGUGAACAUCCAGACGACUUCGGUGGUCUUAUUGAUGGUGAAUAUCACUCGGUUUCUCUCACGACCAUGAAGUACAUUCGGGAUGCGGAUGUUGUUCGUAUUCUUGAUGGCGUACCACGCACCGCCAGACUGCGUACUCUUCCGACAGAGCUUCGUACCCAGUCAGUAUCCCGCUCUCUUCCUUGUCCCCAAGGAACCUACCUAAUUACAGGUGGCGUGGGCGCUCUCGGGCUUGCAACUGCAGAAUUUCUAGUGAACAAUGGAGCUCGACGACUGGUUUUACUAUCCCGUCGCCAGCUUCCACCGCGGAAAACCUGGAAUGAUGCACAAGAGGACUUUCGGUCAAUUAUCAGCAAGAUACAGGACUUGGAACAGCGGGGUGUUUCGGUUCAUGCACUGGCCAUUGAUAUUGGUGUCCCAAAUGCAACGGACGAGCUACUUAGUGCUUUGCAACUACUUGAUCUUCCACCGGUUUUGGGUGUUGUUCAUGCAGCUGGUAUUUUGGAGAAUGAGUUAAUACUGGAAAGCACACAGGCUGCAUUCCAUCGAGUCUUUUCUCCGAAGAUUAAUGGUGCCCUAGUCCUACACAAAGCCUUCCCUCCAGGUAGUCUUGAUUUUUUCAUGCUAUUCUCUUCUUGUGGGCAACUGCUCGGAUUCCCGGGACAGGGCUCGUACGGAAGUGCAAACGCCUUCCUGGACACAUUGGCCACCCAUCGCCGAAGCCUUGGCGAGAAUUCAGUCGCCUUCCAGUGGACUUCCUGGAAAGAAAUGGGGAUGGGAAGUGACUCUGAGUUUGUAGCCGCAGAACUAGAAGGGAAGGGGGUUACGGAUAUCACACAAAGCGAAGCUUUCCAGGCUUGGACUCAUCUCGCACAAUAUGACUUAGACCAUGGAGUUGUGCUUCGCACACGAAUGCUUGACUCGAGCGAACCAGUUCCUUCUCCUGUUUUGCAGGAGAUUAUUACUAGAUCCUUGGGUGUCAACACUGGUAGCGAGGGAUCCUGCAAAAUGGAGGCCGCCGACACAAUUCCUGCGUCUGGGCCUGAGCUCAGGAGCUACCUCGAUGGGCACAUUCGAUCAUGUGUUGCUACUGUGCUCCAAAUGUCCCCGGAUGAUGUGGAUUCUAGAGCUGCAAUGAGUGAUCUUGGUCUAGAUUCUGUCAUGAGUGUUGCCUUUAGACGACAACUCCAGCAGACUUUGAAGGUACCUGUUCCCCCAACGGUGGCCUGGAAUCAUCCUACCGUGAAGCAUUUAGUUGAAUGGUUUACUAAGAAACUAAGCCAACCCCAUGUCUGA